AUGACUGGUGCCGUUCUAGACGACCAUCUCGAGCAGACUAGGGACUACCUCGAACAGCACCCAGGCGAUUGGCUCCUGAUUCUAGAUAAUGCUGACGAUAUGACAGCGUUCCGGGAGUCCAUGGAGAGUUAUCUCCCGAUGCGAGGCAGGAUCCUCGUCACCACGAGGGACCCGCGGUUCCAGGGCGAUUUUGGAGCGCCAGACGAUGGCAUGAACGUUCCAGGCUCCAGAAAGGCGACGAAGAAGAAAGCGCGCGAGCCAGGGAACUCGUCGACCUGUUGGGGCAACCUGCCCCUGGCCAUCGCACAAGCGGCAGCGAACAUUAUUGACCAGCAAGUCUCGCUGAGCGAGUACGCGGCCGCCUUUCGCGAAGCAACCGACAAGUUCGAGGCUCUCAAGGCAUCGACACACGACCGACGGACCCGCGACCCGCGGAAUGCGGUGCAGUCCGUGGCGCUGACCUGGCAGAUCUCGUUCGAGCGCCUCGAGCAGUCGUCGCCGCUGUCGGUGACGCUUCUCGGGUACCUAGCCUGUCUGCACUGGGACUCGGUGCCGCGCGACCUGCUGCGGCAGUUUCCAGACUUCGCCGGGCUCAGCGACAUGGAGUUCCGCAACGUGCUCGCGCGCCUCAUCCAGCUCUCGCUCGUCGAGGAGUACGCCGUGGACGACUGGCCGCAGCUGCGCAUGCAUCCCAUGACGCACGAAUACGCCUGGAAGCGCACCAGAGAAGACCCGGCCGAGUUUAUCACAGGCUGCUUCCGGCUGCUGGGCGCCCUCUUCCCGCUCGUCAGCGGCGAGGACGACAAUACCUGGCAGCUCUGCUCCUAUCUCGCGUCGCACGCGAUGCGCGUCGUCGGCCUGGCCCAGUCCUUGGCCUUGCAGAGCGAGAGUCAGCCGGGCCUGAUGCACGUCCUGGCACUCUACCUGAAUGCCUUUGGCAACGUGCACGUGGCGUGCCAGAUAGCCAGCGAGGCUCUCGAGAUGGCCAAGCACUUUUGGCCCGAUCAGCCGUCGCUCCUCAACAGUUUCGCUGGACCAAGAUUCAGUGCUUUACAAACCGCCCAGCGCUUCGAGGAAUCUCUCGUGGACAUCGACACCUGGGCCGAGACGGCCGACCUACCCUGGACGCAGACGCCGACGGCGCAUCUCCUCAGCAAGCAACUCGAGCCCCCGACAGAGGGGACCGAGAACCGAGUGGACGGCGAUGGCGCUCAUCACGAAAGCACAAACAGUGCGCAUGCGCUCCACAGGGGAGGCCGCAGCCGCGAGGCGCGCACUGUCGUUGACGAGGUGCUCAGGAACGUCAGGGGGCCAGACGGGGAGCUGAGGGUCAACCGACGGGAGUAUCUCGCCUUCCUGAACCUCAAAGCAGACCUGCUGCUGCGCGGCGGGGACGGAACGGGCGACAUGAGCGAAGGGAUGGCGCUGUUCAAACAGGUGUACGACGAACAAAUCACAACGACGGGCGUGGUCGACUCGGACACGUGGAUCGCGGCCAACAAUGUGGUCAACACGCUGGCAGACGCUCCGGAUGAAUUUCCCGACUCGGCCCAAACGAGCGCGCGCAUAUUCGUGGAGAUGCUGACGGCGUGUGCGGCACCGGGCAUGAAGCAGCUGAGAAACCAAGAUUCAGGCAAGUUUCAGAGGCACGUACGCGUGUUUCUCAUUCACUUUGACGAGUUCUUCAGAACUGGGCGUGUUCCGGCCGCCGAGAGUGACAGGCUCCUUGAGCUGCGCGAGACGCUCAUGAGCAAAUUUCUCCUGCAAACGGACAUCACUGUUUUCGUCGAGACCUUCUCGGUUCACAAUACGCGUGGGGUGCACCUCCAACAGCGGGGGCGCGCUGCGGAAGCAGAGAUAUGCCAUCGAGAUGCCAUGAAGGGUCUCGUCGAGUGGGGAUCCAUGGGGCUUGAUAGGCCGCCCGUACCGGGUAUCAAUUCGAUGAAAGACUACGAGGAAACCGUCUCGACCUACCACUACAACAUCAUGCUAGCAAUAGCUCGUCAAGGCCGUUUAGGGCACGCGCACGCCUACCGAGAGGAGAAUAUCAGGUCACUAGAGUUCGCGGAAACGUCCUGGGGGCCUUUGGACGUGAGAAUGCAGACUGAUGAGAUGGAUAGGCUCGUUCAUGCGGAGGCACAGAAGCGAUUGCUAGAUGGGGACGUGCCGAGUGAUGAUCCUGAGGGCUGGUGGAUGCAGCACGAUGUCAAUCUCUCUCGUUCCAAGAUGAGGUAUGGGGUUCUGAAGGUUCCGAAGGCCGGAGAGAACAUGGUAGCAGUUGUUGACGACAGCGAAAUCCAUGAUGCGAGCGUAGAAGAAGAGCGGGAACUUGACAAGCAGCAGCAACAACAACAACAACAACGACAACAACAACGACAAAGUGACCCAGUUCCACGGGAACCAGCCAAACCACAAAUCGAAAUAUUAUCAGCGAAGACUAGUAGCAGAUGGGGGAAACGGCUGAGGCUUGCGCUAAGGGAAAGGAUGAAGGUCUCUUCGCCAGAGGCGGUCCCUCUAGCUAGGUAG